AUGAUCUACCAUAGCUUCGCUCACUUUGAGAAGAGCUCAAUAGCUAAGAUCCCAGACCACCACCUCCCAAUUAUCAGAAUUGUGCUUGCUGUGAUUGUUUUCUUCUGCAUGAUACUCCAAGGACUAUCAAACCCAUCUGGCACAGCCAUUUACAAGAGACUCUUCACAGAUUUGGAAUUUUAUGCAACCUUCUUUGCCAUACUUGGCUUACUUAUGGCACACAGAGCUUCAAAAGUUCCAUCAGACAAAGAGAUCGUUAGAACAGUAGACUUAAUGAAAAAGAAAAACGCUUUGAUAGUGAAUUCAAUAGCAAUUUUCCUCAAUAUCUUUUGCUCUCUCAUUUACUUCGUCUUCCAACCAAUCGUCUAUGGAGCUAGAGACUUCGAGGCUAGCGUAAAGGACAGCAUCUUCAACAGUAUUGCCUAUUCUGUUGCUCUCUUCUCAGUGCUAUUCCAUUUCGCCUGUUCUAGAUUCGCUCUCCUUGACUAAGACUCUUAUUACAUUUUAUUAGUUCUCAUGUUCUGGACUGCAAUGAAUCUAUUAAUCCAAGGAAACGGACUCUUCUUUAAAGAUAUUAAGGACGACUCUCUGCUUAUCAAGACAUUCCUUGCCAGUUUCAUCAUGCUAGCAAGCAUGUGCUUCUACUACCUUCUCACUGUUACUUCUCAGUACAUCAAGGGCUACAAGGAAAAGCACGAGAAGCACAAUCUCCACGAUCAGAGCCAUAAACUGAUUUAAAACUACAAGGACCAACCAUGA